CUGGACAACUGAUGUCAUGUAACACUAUGACAUCACAGUGUCCUUUUCUGCUGUCUCCCUGUUACCACACCUUCUCCCCCGUCGUCUGGUUCCCAUAAUAGCUGCACACACUUGAACACAAGAUCACAGACACCAUCGGGGCACCCAGCACCUGUAGUCAACCAUGGCCUCAGAAGCAGAAAGAACAUUUCAUCGGUUUGCUGUCUUUGGAGACUCAUCCAGCAGUGGUACUGAGAUUAACAACAAGAACUUCUCCAAACUCUGUAAAGACUGUGGCAUCAUGGACGGCAAGGUGGUGACCUCCACAGACGUGGACAUUGUGUUCAGCAAAGUAAAGGCCAAGAAUGCCAGAACCAUCAACUUCCAACAGUUUCAAGAGGCGAUGAAGGAGCUGGGCCAAAAGCGGUUCAAGGGGAAGAGCAUAGACGAGGCUUUGGAGGGCAUUUAUAAACUCAUGGAAGGCAAGGACCCUGCUACCACUGGUGUCACUAAAGCAACAACCGUGGGUGGAGUAGACCGACUGACGGACACCAGUAAGUACACGGGCACCCACAAGGAGCGCUUUGACGAGAGUGGCAAGGGUAAGGGCAUCGAGGGACGGGAAGAGACCACAGACAACUCGGGCUAUGUGAGUGGCUACAAGGGGGCUGGCACCUAUGACCAAAAAAACAAGUAGAGAGGAGCCGUCUUCGCCCGCUAGUUUCCUGACCCCGUGUUUCUAACACCAGGAAAUAAUAAACUUUGUGUGUGCAG